AUGGAAAAGACUCAAUUCGGUUCCUCCACAGAAAGAAAGGAUUUGACCAACGUCAAGGAACAAUAUGGUUACAACGACUUGAAAGUUCUCAUUGUUGGUGCCUCUGGUCAUUUAGGUUCUUGCAUUACCAAAUUCUUGUGUGAGAAUCAUCAAAAUGAUGUCAAACUCUCUUUAUUGUGUCCUGAAGAAAGUCGAAACAAGAUUUCAUUGUGGGAAAAGAAACUCUCUGGUGACAUUCUCACAUUCGAUGUAUUGAAUGGCAAUAUGGAUGAUUUGUGUCAAAUGCUCAAAGAUUUCACAUUGGUCUUGAAUUGCAUGAAUUUCUUUGAUCCCAAUGAAGAGUUGACUGCUGAAAAGAAUUUGAUUAAUUGUUGUGUGAAAGCAGGUGUUCGAUUCUACAUUCCAUCUGACUUUUCCAUUGAUUUUAGAAACAUUACUGACGUGAAUGAUUUACCUCGAAUUCAAGUUCGUCAACAAGUCCAUCAACUCUUGAAUCAAAGUUCAUUGAAUUGGGUGAGCAUUCUGUGUGGAAUUUUCAUUGAAAAGUUACUCUUUGAAGAUUGCAAACUCAUUAAUCGUGAAAAGAAUGAAAUGAAUUUCUAUGGUACUGGCAAUGAAGAGUUUGAAGUGUGUUCCUAUGAUGAUGUUGCCAAAUUUGUGAGCGAAUUGAUUGCAAGAAGAGAAUUUGAAAAAUUCAAAAAUCAAUUCUUGUGCAUUUACACGGAAAAGAUUACAUUUAGAGAAUUGGGAAGUUGGUUACGAGAUAUUUGGGGUCAUGAUUUAAAGAUUACUAAUUUGGGAUCAUUGGAUGAUUUAAAUAAGAGAUUGCGCGAAGUCAAGAAUACAGACAUGACUCUGUAUUAUUAUUUGCAAUACAUGAAAGUGAUUUUGAUGAAUCAGGGACGAUUGAAGGAAUUGGAUAAUCAGGUGUGGCCAACCAUUACAAAGACGAGUGUGAAGAAUGUAGUGAGACAGUGGACUUCACAAGCUCAAGGAAUUGCUAUUUAG